AUGGAGAUUACGGAUUAUAUCUUCAAGGAGCGAGAGGAGGUCCUUCUUGUUGGGGACUACAAUGCCUAUCGGGCGCAUGCCACUCGCAAGUUGCACAAACUUCGCAAGAAGCUGGGCCAGGCCACGGCUAAAGGCCGCAAGUACACUGCUAAACCCCCAGUAACCGCUGAGAACGUCAGGGACAAUGUGGCAUACGCGCAUCUCCUGCUUCUCGCGUCCGAGCGAGCCUGGGCACAAGCUAUGCACAUGAAAUCUACACACUCCGCAGACCCAUCUGCCAAAGGCAUCACUGGUGCCGCCAGACGCCAUAUCAUCUCCCGCCUACAAAAGGCAACUGGUUACGCACAGCAUCUCGUCUCUUUACUCCAUGAACAAUCUGCCUCCGGGGCGAACGAUAUUGAUAUCCUCGAGGCUCGCGCCUAUCUUGCUACAAUUUCCGGCGCACUGUGCCUCGAGAAGCACAAGUGGGAACAAUGUCUUCACGACUAUGCUAUUGCAAGAGUUAUCUACACAGCUCUUGGACAGCAAGUGAAGAAGGACGCUUUCCGGGAUCUUCUUUCCGGAACCGUUGACCCAAGCUUGCGCUAUGCUGCUUACCAGAUGAAGCUCCCUCGUUCAAAGCCCACUUCCUCGUUAGCAAUUGAAUUCUUCCCAUCGGAUCCAGAAAUCCGAGCUGAGGUAGAGAAAAUUGACCCUUCCUGUUUGGCUGAAGAGGCAGCAGGAACCCGGCGAACUGCGGAAGGUGAGGUUCAAGAACUCCCUCAGUCUAUUACUUGGAGAUCACGCACCGUACCGCUAGAAGAUGCAUCUAUCUCCCAGUCAUUGGCAGCCGCUUCUGCUGCUGAGGCCCUUCUCACUACCUGGUUGGCCGGAGCUGGACGAUCAGCUUCCGCUAAAGAUCAGGCCGCUGCGUACGAUAAUGUAAUCAUCGCCAGUCAAGAUGCAGUCGAUGCCACAAAGACUGCUAUUGAUGACUUGGUCAAUGAAGGAGUUGAUGCUGGAGAUAAGAGAAUGCAGGCAUUGCAGAUCACCCGUACCGCUGUCAACUACAGCCUGGUUGGAUGGCGGGUCGGCCGUAACCGAAUCCUCUGUGGUGAGAAGGACGGUCUGACCUUCGAGGAUGAGCAAGCUUCCACGGAGAGCAAGAAUGUCAAAAAAAAUGGUGGCAAUGGGAAAAAAUUGAACCGUCUCCGUGAACGAGUGGUUCUGUAUGACUCGACUCUACAGAGCUUGGAUUUCAUUCUUGAGUUGCCAGGUGUUGCAGCUGAUUCAGCUUUCGUUCAAGAUCUAACUGCCAAGAGACACUACUUCCGCUCCCUUAGAUGCCUGUCUAUUGCACGCUCUCACAGUGUACUUGGCAAGUUCACCGAGGCACUAGCGCUAUUGGCGCAUGCCUAUGAGCUUGUUGGAUCCGCACCACCACAGUCCUCUGCCGACUCUGAGGGAGCUCCCCGGCUCGACGUUUCCAAGGCUCAGGUCAGUGCCUUGGAGAUCACUCUGCGUGGAUUGGUUGCCCAUUACCGCGGUCUCGUUACCAUUGAGCGCUUCGAUGCCAACUCUGGUGCAUCUCAGCAACAGCCUCUUGCCGAGCGCCUUAAUCAGUUCACCGCCGAACCUAAUCUGAACAACUUGGUGCCCUACCCACCCCAGAUGCAGCCAGUUCCGGUGAAGCCACUUUUCUUCGAUGUUGCAUGGAACUACAUCGAUUACCCACGCAGUACCAAUGCCACUGCUAAUGCCGAUGUGGCCGCUGAAGCUCCUACGCCUGAGGAGAAGAAGGGCCGUGGAUGGUUUGGCUUUGGGCGGUCAUAA